AUGUCGGAUGAGCACUUAAGCCGCAUCGGUAUUGCCUCGGCUGUCGUCAAAGCCCUGGGCUCUUCUUCCAAACGGCUGAUAACCUCGCCCUUCAAAGGUGCCAAUGGCGCCAGCACAUACUUUAAAGAUGUCGCAUUCGCAGCCCUUCGUACCUCGCUAGCCAACCUAGAUCUAACAGCUGAACGCUUCCUCAACGGGACCACCACGCCCAACUACCUCAAGUAUGCCAAAGACCACAACUUUCCUCCCGAGACCAUCACCCUGCCUCUAGGCGAGCAGGCCCACUGGUUCGGCAGCAAGACGGCGACCAAAGUCCUCGUCUACUUCCAUGGCGGUGGCUAUGUCUUGCCCUGUGGUGCCGGACACAUGGCCUGGCUCGACGAUUUGCGCAAGGCAAUGGGACCCGACGUAUCAGCCCUCUUGCUUGCCUACGACCUUGCACCAGAACACACGUAUCCCACACAACUGCGACAGGCUACCGAGCUCCUGCGCCAUUUGAUCCAGGUCCAAGGACGGAACCCAUCUGAUCUGGUACUCGGCGGGGACUCGGCGGGCGCCAAUCUGCUGCUUGGUCUACUUUCACACCUUGCACACCCCCACCCACAGGUCGAGUCUCUGCUGCUUCCUGGCAAGUUUCGCGGAGCCCUACUCAUCUCGCCCUGGUGCUCCCUGACCAACACGCACACGCCUGCUUUCAUUGCCAACGCUGAGCGCGACAUGUUCGAUGCCCGUGCGCUAGCUCGCUGGGCUGCUGCUUUUCUCGCCUCCGAUUCGGCCUUUGCCGGUGAUUUCUACAAUGAGCCCGUCCUCGCGGCGCCCGAGUGGUGGGAGCCGGUGGCUGAUCUUGUCGACGAGGUCUUGAUAUGGGCUGGUGACAACGAGAUCCUGAAGGAUGGCAUCGAGGCUUUUGCCGCCAAAUUCACCGAAGGCUUUCGGGCAAAAGGCGGACGCGUGGACACUGUCGUCACUCCAAGGGCAUGCCACGAGGAGAUGAUUGUAGAGCGCAUUCUGGGAUACAAGGGCGACUCUGGAACGGGCAGUCAAGCCGUGGUGGAAUCAUGGGUUAAGUCGAAGCUGUGA